AUGAAAUUAUUGGCAAUAUUUAUUUUAUAUAAGGAAAAUGAUAAAAGCGCAAAAAUUCUUCAAGAUGAAUUUAAUCUUGAAAGUUUCGGCUAUUUCCAGCGUCAUCAUAUACGACAAAUUCUUGUUUUUUCAGCAAGAACAGUUACUGAACGUACAGCUUUAGGUGUCAGACAAUCUGUCACAUUUGAUGAACAUUUAAAUGGUAUGGUUCAUGUUUUUGUUCGUCCCGAUGGUCUUGCAUCAGUUACUAUUUCUGACAAUGAAUAUCCACAACGAGUUGCAUAUAACCUUCUUAGCAAAGUUAUGAAUGAUUUUUCAAAUUUAUAUCCACCAGCCUCAUGGUCACAAAUGGAAAAGAAAACGGAUCGAUUGGCAUCAUUGAGUGAGUUGUUGAAGAAAUAUCAGAAUCCACAAGAAGCUGAUCUAUUAAUGAGUCUUGAAAAAGAUAUUGAUGAUACAAAAGUUGUUCUUAUAAAUACAAUCGAGAAAUUACUUGAACGAGGUGAAAACAUUGAUAAAUUAUUACAACAAUCGAAGGAUUUAAGUGAUGUGACGAAGGGAUUUGCUGAAACGGCUAAAAAGACAAAUAAAUGUUGUAAUUUAUUCUAA